CCCCCACCCCCCACCACCGUCAGCACUCAGCAUCAUGGCGCCCUUCCCGGAGGAGGUGGACGUUUUCUCGGCGCCUCACUGGCGCAUGAAGCAACUCGUUCAGCUCUACUGCGACAAGCUGUCAACAACCAACUUCUCCAACGACAAUGACUUCCAAACGCUCCUCCGCUCGCUGUGCGCGACCUUCCGCGAAUUCAAGACGCACGAGCAAAUUGAAAACGAGUGCAUCAUGGCCCAGCUGAAGUACCGCCUCGAGCGGUGUGCUGUCACCAACAACCUCGUGUAUAAAGUGCACUCUGACAACAAGCUCACGGAGAUGCUGACCCUCUUCGAGAAGGGGCUGAGGAAUGCCAAGAAUGAAUACGAACGAGUCAACUAUGGCAUGCAGCUCAAGGAACAACUGGAGGAAUUCACAAGGGAUUUUAUUCCUCACAUGAAAGAAGAGGAGGAGGUUUUUCAGCCGCUGCUCAUGGAAUACUUCACCUACGAGGAGCUCAAAGUGAUCAAGUCGACAGUGAUAGCACAGCAUUGCUCUAACGGAUCGCAGUUUGCGCAGCUGCUGAAUGAGCUGAGGCAGGCUCGCGGGCGUGAGAAACUAGAGCUGGACAGCAAGGAGGAAGAAAAGUGCAAGAGUGCCUCGGUGUCGAGCUCGCCCAUAGGCCUCCUGCCACCAGAGGUUCUGCUGCAGGUGUUUGGUUACCUCGGAGUUCAGGAUCUGUGCCGCUGCAGCCAGGUUUGCACCGACUGGGCUCUGGUGUGCAAGGACGGCUCACUGUGGAAACACCUCUACCCGACACGCUGGGCAAAUGAGGACUGGUACACUGGACCUCCUGAGGCGGUUGAUGAGCAGGUGUCCGACGAAGACGAAUCGUGCGACAGCGGAUGGGGAGGCGAAACCACCAUGCCGUACACUUUCCGUGAUGAAGAUGCAGACAUCGAUGAGUCCGGGAGUGAUUGUGAUAAAGAUGAUGAUUUGGAGCAGAACCAGCUUCAGCGGGAGUUGGGCUGUCUGAAAACUCUGGUUCAGUCCAUCCUCCCUGUGGCUGGCCCGUCCGUCAAGUCUCUCGUGCUGUCGAAGAGCAAGGCCGCCAACAACUCGCUGGUUCAGCGAAUUUUAAGCCUCUGCCCAAACCUGGAAUAUCUGGACCUGACGCAGACGAAGAUAUCGGAUUCAGCAUUUAAAAGCAGUCUGACCGCUGGUGCCAAACUGAAGCACCUGAAACACCUGGACCUGUCGGGCUGCGACAUGAUAACGGAUGUGGCCCUGCACCGCAUCUCGAUGGCCAUGGGCACGCUGAGUCCAUCCAAGCCGCUCGGCAGCGACCCUGGGCCCCGCAAGGUCAUGGUGGAGCUGGAGGAGGUCAACAACAGCUGCCCUCUCCCACCCAACAACGACGGGGAGAAGGACAUCAGCAACUGCACGUCCUUCACCAGCCAAAGCUCCACCUUACCACUGUGGGCAUUAACGGCCGUCAAUCUACUGGACAUUGAGGAGAUGGCCAUGGGGAUGAAGGGCAUGCCGCUCGGAUGCGUGCAGCUGUGCACUUUGUGUGACCAAAGGACAGAGCAGUGCCCGCUGAGGCCUGCUGGACAAUCUUCGGGACAUUGUGGUCACGUGACGUGCAAAGCCUCAAAAAUCUGCCGCUCCGCAACAGUGGUGCAGUCCCUCGCAGACCUUGUGCUGAAAGCCACCUCGGGGGAAACUAAGGACAUUUUCACGAGUGACGUCGAGACAUCUGGCAGGGUUCUCGCGUUCCUGAGCUUGUCUGGAUGUCGCCGCGUAACGGAUGAAGGGCUAAGGUCGCUGGCGAUGCGUGGGGGACUGCCGUUGUUGGAGCACCUGGACCUAUCUGGGUGCCGCCACCUGACAGGCGCUGGGCUGCAGGAUCUCGUAUCCAUGUGUCCCAUGCUUAAUGAUGAGCACUUCUUCUACUGUGACUUCAUCACAGGCCCGCGAGCAGAGACAGCCAACGGAUGUCAGAACCUGCAGUGCAGCACUCGCUCGUGCUGCCGCUCCGGGGAGUAGCCUCCCCCCUGCCCCAUCUCUCGUACUUGGCAACUCCCUCCUGCUGCAUUCCCCCACCCCCCCCUGGCUGUAUCCUUUAAAGGCUCAUUUUGGCUUUCUGCACUUUAACGCAUUUUGUUGUUUUGGUUGUAGACAAACCACCGUCAUCGCAAGAGCUCCGUUGAUACUGUACAGUCGGGAGAGAAAGAUGUCUUGUGGAAGCGUCGAUACUGUAAAAUGUAAUUCUGUUUUCUUUAUUAGCUGGUUUGAAAUUUUAAUUAAAACACCCCAUGUGGGUUUGAUCCAAAGGGACAUGCACCUCCUAAAGAAAGCAAAUAAUUUAGCUAGUCAAAUUUAAUGGCAACCAAGUGUUUUGUCAAUCUUCACAUGGAUGCAUUCAGAUUUUCUGUAUUGUUAUACUUUACUAUGAUGAAUGUUGCUUAAACAAGACAAAAUCCAAAGGGAUGGGACGCUUGUUCAUUCGGCCACCUUUUCACUAUAAAACCCUUCAUUCACUAUACAAACUCUUGUUCUGCAUUUUUUUUAUUAGUAUUGUAUUGCUACAUGAGAAUGCAUAAUUUGAAUGUAGAAUCAAUGCUGCAUUUACCUUCAAAUUAAAACAUUGCUUUGUAGAUAAUUUGCUGUGCAACUGUCAUUGCUUAUGGCAUCCAGUAAAUAAAGUUCAAUGUAAUAAAGGCUGAA